AUGAGAGCUGCCAAUGUGCUCUGUGGUCAGCUGAAGUGUGGGAGUGCUGUGGCUGUGUUGGGGUCAGACUGGUUUGGGGAGGGGAGUGGCCCGAUCUGGGCUGAUGUGUUUGAUUGUCAGGGAAACGAAAAACACCUGUCAGAAUGUCCCAUUUCAUCAUGGAGUCGAACUGCAUGCUCUCAUAAACAGGACACUGGUGUCAUCUGCAGUGGUUCAUCCCUGGAGUUUCAUGAGGGGCGAGUGCGGUUGUCUGGAGCGAUGGAGUGUGAGGGGGAGGUAGAGGUUUACUUCAUGCAGGACUGGAGGAGAGUUCUGAUGGACUCCUGGAGUGAGUCUGUGGCCUCUGUGGUCUGCAGACAGCUGGGCUGUGGCUCUGUGCUCAACGUCUCCAGCUCCUCUCCAUUCAGUCCUGAACACAGACACAUGUCGAACAGCUCCGUCAGGCUGGUUGGUUCUGGGGGAGACUGUGCAGGAAGGCUAGAGGUUUUCCACAGCGGCUCAUGGGGGACAGUGAGUGAUGAAUUGUGGGAUAUUAAGGAUGCGCAGGUGGUGUGUAGACAGCUGCAGUGUGGAGUGGCCCUCAGUGCUCCAGUACCAGCUUGGUUUGGACGUGGAACUGGACCCACAUGGCUGAAUGAGGUGGAGUGUGAGGGGAACGAGACGUCACUGUGGAACUGCAGAUUUCAGCUGUGUGGGGAAGAUGAGUGUGGACACAAGGAGGAAAUAGGAGUUGUGUGCUCAGAGUACAAAGAAAUCAGACUCACUGAUGGCUGUGAGGGGAAUCUUGAAGUGUUUUACAAUGGAUCCUGGGGUAACAUCUGUGUGAAGAGCGUUGACAAAGAAACUGCAAGUUUGGUUUGUCAAGAGCUGAACUGUGGAAGAUCUGGCAGCAAAUCCUGGGCCAAAGCAAGAGUUGAAUCAGCUUCUAACUGGCUGGAUGAUCUGAAAUGUAGGAAACAUGACUCCACUCUGUGGCAGUGUCCAUCUUCCCCCUGGGAACAGAAAAAGUGUGAUAAUCACAAUCAGGUGGCACAAAUUACCUGCUCAGAUCACCUGCCUCUCAGGCUGAGGGGAGGAAAUGGAAGCUGCUCUGGGAGGCUGGAGGUGUAUCAUAACGCUGAGUGGGGCUCCAUCUGUGAUAAUCUGUGGGACAUCAGGGAUGCUCAGGUUGUCUGCAGACAGCUGGGCUGUGGGCCGGCGCUGAGUGCUGAUGGGAGUUCUGUCUUUGGUGCUGGUGAAGGGCCUAUCUGGCUGAACAGAGUGAAGUGUAGAGGGAAUGAGAUUCACCUGUUGGACUGUCCUCAUUCCCUGAAGAACCACACUGACUGCUCCCACAGGCAGCACGCUGGAGUCACCUGUGCAGACGUAUCUGUGUCCCCUACAUUCCCUACAUCUACAAUAACCACCAUUUCCGUCACAGGUGGUCAGACAGAGAAGAGAACAACAUCUCCCUCACAAACACCAUUACCAGCUAUUCUGUCCAUCUCUCCAGUGGCUUUGCUGGUGCUGGGAACUAUGCUCUUCCUGGCCUUAGUGCUUCUUGUUGUGCUGUUUUACCAGAACAAAUUGCUCUGGAGAGUGCUCUCUAAGAAUGGGCAAAUGGUAUUAUAUGAAGGCCUGAGGAAGACGACUGAUGUAGUGUAUGAGGAGAUCAACCGUAGAUCUGUUAAUACAAGAAUGACUCAAAGAGGAAGCUUCGUCUCUGAAGUACAGAAUUCAGGAUAUGAGGAUGUGGAUGAGGGGCUUCUCUCAGAGAACAAGUUGGAGAUUUAUGAUGAUGCCAUGCCUACUGGAGAGAAUCCACACAUUACAGCAGCGUACACAUCAGAGAACUAUGAUGAUGUCAUCAGUCCUGGACAGGAUUUAGGAGAAGCAGCAAACUACGAUGAUGUGGUAGAACUUCCUGAGACAGAGGGAUAG